AUGGCGAUGUCUAUCGAAGGAUCGAAAUUAAGACAUGAUCAUGAAAAAGCACCUAUACACAGCGCGGGACCAUUGGAAGAAGACGGCGGUUUCAUCCAUACAGAUAAGAAGAAAUCAGAAGGUGUAUUUAGUCGAUCUUGGCCAAGUGGUAGAGAGCCAUAUUACCCAAACCAAUCAUCAGUGUUCCACGGUUGUCUGCAUCAUGAAUAUGUAAUGGAGAGGUGGAACAUGCAAGCUGUGGAUUUAAGUCCUGAUAACACUUAUGAGGUUACUGUACAAAAACACGCCUAUGGCGGAUGGUUUGAGGGUCUCGAAUUCAUCAAGGAUGGAAAGGUGUAUAUCAUUGGCGCUGAUAUUCAACUCUUUGGCGAAAAUAAUAGUUGUGCUACCACAAAAUUCAUACAUAUUGUUAAAGAUGAUGGAUAUACAUAUAUUGUAGCCCAGCCUAUGACAUUCUCAGAGCAUCGCCUUCGAAUAAAUAUUGAGGAUCAAAUAUCUCCGGAAACAAAAGACAUGGGACAAAGACUAGGAAUUUACCCUGUUGAAAACUCAUGGAACCUACCAAGGUCACAUCGUUAUCAUAUCCUCAAUUUUCCACCAGAAAUCCUCCACAUAAUAUUUAAAUACUUGUUAUGGGUCCCAUAUGCGUUUGUGGAACCAGAUGUUAUUAUCACAAAUGUGGUGAAGUCAUAUGAAAAGUUCAAGAAGCCCACCUACAAGGCUACUCUCUUGAACGAGUUUCUUCCAAUGCACAACGACGAUGCCACAUACCAACCCUGGAGAGGGUCAGCAAUGAUUAAAGAAAAGAAGAUAUGCCAUGGAGGAAGGGAGAUCAUACAAUUGAACAGGAUUUUACGCUUAAUGAUUGAUGCGACUUGUCUCCGAACUUGCAGGGAAUUUUUCCAAUUCGGUUCUGCAAUUCUUUACGGGAACAACAUCUUCAAGUUUCCUAACCCUGAUCGUGAAAAGCCGAAACUUGGUCAAUUAUAUGAUUGGCCACAAGCAAUUCCCUAUGUCAUGGAGCAGAUUCGGCAAGGCGUUCCACUAAAGGAAUUCGCUGGCUGGGCCUAUCACGAUCUAUUCCUUCGCUUCCUCUACGUCAUUCGUCCAAGAAAUGUAGACCUGAUGAAGCAUUUAUACUUCUGGGGAACAGUAUCAAUACACCGCUGCAAUUCAAAUUUUCGGGAUGGUAGAUGUCCCAAUUGCCCCGUCAGUUUAUUUCCCGAGAUGUGCAUAUAUAUCCAAUUCAUCAACGAACUCUGUCCAAGUGUGGAGAGAGUUACAUUGGAAAUUGAUGCACCGACCUUGUCCAAUGCAUAUGAUAGUACUUUCUCUAUACAAAAAGAGAGAGACUUUGAGCAUACAAUUACUCCGUUCUUGAUGAACCAGAUCCGAGAGCUCAACUUUGUCAAGUCUUUGACUCUUCGUUCUUGGGACACAGGUGGGUUGAAAUACGCCUACGACAACCCUGAUCGGAUUCAUGGCUCUCAAGAUCUGGACUUUCCAAUUGCAAAGGAAACAAUCAGAUGGUUCGAAGACAGGGCGAAAGGUUGGGCAAAGGAAGAACAGUAG